AUGCCAAACAACACAGAUCUGAUCCCACAUAGGUCAGAUGAUGAAGCCACUUCAUUAGCAUCUACAGAUACUCAACCAAACCUAGAUGAAAGUCAAGUUCAUCCAGUUCCCCACACUGAAAAAUCUCCCGAAGCACAAGACCAGGCAGAUCACCAUGAAACUUACCGCCACACCGUGGAACCUAAUUUAGGACGUUUAAAUGAACUAGAAGAUGGUUUAUCAUCUAUAGAAUCACAACAUUCAGGACCUCAAGAAUUAUCACAUCUGGAUGGACUUGCACAAAAUCAACACCAGUCUUCCUUGGCAGCUUCAAAAUCUAAUGCAACUUCUAUGAAGUCAAAUCGUGUGCCAUUAAAAAAUAGAAGAGGUUUAUUUGCACAGGUUGUUCUCAUCCCAGAAUAUCAUGAUGCUAGGGAUUAUCCUAUCAAGAUCAAAUAUAUCAUUGUUUUCAUUAUUGCAGUUGCUUCACUUACAGGUCCUUUUGGUACAUCUGUAAUGUUACCUGCUAUUGAUGAUAUCGUAUCAGAUUUGCAUACUUCUGUAUCUACAGUUAAUGUAUCCGUUGGUAUUUAUUUAUUAUCACUAGGUAUUUUCCCAAUGUGGUGGUCGUCUUUUAGUGAAAGAUUUGGUAGACGAAGCGUGUAUAUGAUAUCGUUUAUUAUGUUUGUUGGAUUCUCAAUUGGUACAGCAUUGAGUCCUAGUAUUGCAGCUUUAAUUGUUCUUAGAGUACUACAAGGUGGUUGUUCAGCAAGUGUUCAAGCUGUGGGUGCCGGUACCAUUGCUGAUUUGUUUAUUCCACAAGAACGUGGUGUUGCCAUGGGGAUGUAUUAUUUAGGUCCCCUUAUGGGUCCAUUUUUGGCACCUAUUUUGGGUGGUGCUGUUGCUCAAGCUUGGGGAUGGAGAGCUACUCAAUGGUUAUUGAUGAUAAUUGCUUCUUGUAGUCUUGUUUCACUUACAUUCCUUUUACCAGAAACAUUAAGAAGAGUUGAUAACAUUCAGUUUGUUAAAGAAGCGAUGGAGAAAGAAAAACUUGAACGAAACGAUGAUCAAGAAUCUACAGUUACCAAUGAUUCCAACCGUGAUCAACAAGCUGAUCUUGAAAGAAUUGCAACAAACCUCAGUCGUAGAUCAGAUGCAAGAUCUAUUUUGACAUUCUUAGAAGAACAAGAGGACGAUGUCCCAGUAGUUGACCCUGUCAUGCCAAGUAUAUCUCGAUUAACGACUAACAGAUCAACGUAUUCCCAGAGAGUACAACAAGACUAUGUAUCAGGAGAAUUACACAGAUCUGCUACCAAUAUUCUUGACUCCACAUCUAUUAAACAAGAUAAAUGGGCGGAAUUCAAGACCAAUGCAUAUGAUAUGGUUGUUCGUCCAUUACAUUCAAUUAUAUUGUUAAAACAUCCACCGGUUGCAUUAGUUAUAACAUUUUCGGCUAUUUCAUUUGCAGCAAUCUACUUUUUCAACAUGACAAUUUCCUAUGAAUAUUCAAGAGAUCCAUACAAUUUUUCAGAGAUCAUUGUUGGGUUGAUGUAUAUUCCUAAUUCAGUUACCUAUUUUUUGGCUUCACUAAUUGGAGGUAGAUGGAAUGAUCGAUUAUUAAACAAAUAUGCUGAAAAACAUGGUGAAUUAGUUCCAGAAUCAAGAAUUUCUUGGAACAUUGUUCUUGCUAUAAUUCUUUUCCCAAUGGCAUGUAUGAUUUUUGGUUGGACUUUAAAAUAUGGUGUCUUUUGGUUAGUUCCAUUAGUUGGUACUGCAUUAUUUGGAUUUGCUUCAAUGCUUGUUAUUGGUGCUACAGUUACCUAUUUAGUUGAUACAUUACCUGGUAAAGGUGCUACUGGUGUUGCAUUGAAUAAUUUGAUUCGUAUGAUUUUAGCUGCUGUUGCUACUUUUAUCGUUGAACCUUUGUUAAGAGCUAUUGGUCCAGGAAUUUUAUUUAGUAUUAUCACAGGUAUUUUAGUAGUUUCUUCAUUGGUUUUAGUAUACUUGAAGAAACAUGGGGCUUAUUUCAGAGAGAAAUACGAUGUCAGGGAAUUAUACGCCAAAUUAUAA